AUGUUUUUCUCGUUGUGCGUACAGGUGCAAGCAACAGAUGCGGACCACGGAGAGAACGGCCGUGUGUUGUACAGGAUCCUCAAUGGAAAUAGUAACGGUUGGUUCAGCAUCAAUAACCAGACUGGACUGAUCACUCGGGGUCGCAGAGGUUUGGAUCGAGAGACUAGCAGCUCCCAUGUGCUGGAGGUGGAGGCAUUUAACAGUGACGAGGGCAGCAUGAGGAGCUCUGUCAGGGUGAUCGUUUAUGUGGACGAUGCAAACGACGAGGUUCCAGUGUUCACGCAGCAGCAGUACAACCGUCUGGGCCUGAAGGAGACGGCUGGAGUGGGCACUUCCGUCAUCGUGGUCCGGGCCACUGACCCCGACACUGGUGAUGGAGGAGCUGUUUCCUACAGCAUUGUAUCUGGAGCUGAUAGAAAGUUCCAGGUGGACUCCAGUACUGGGCUGGUUACCACAGUGGAGUCCCUGGACUACGAGACUAAAACCACUUACACAAUGAACAUUUCUGCCACCGACCAGGCCCCUCCGUUCCACAAAGGCUUCUGCACUGUUCACGUCACACUGCUGAACGAGCUGGACGAGGCCGUGGCUUUCUUUUCUGCCGGUUACGAAGCCUCGCUGAGGGAAAACAUUGCAACAGGGACAGAGGUGGUCCAAGUACAAGCCCAGUCUGCAGAUAAUCUGAACCAGCUAACGUAUCGCUUCGACCCAGACACCUCCCCAGUGGCUCUGGCUCUGUUUCGAAUAGACAGUGUUACCGGUCGCAUCACAGUGACAGGUCUACUGGACAGAGAGAAGGGAGACACCUACACUUUGACUGUUGUCGCAGAUGAUGGAGGGCCCAAAAAGGACUCCACUGUGGUUUCUAUUACAAUUCUGGAUGAAAACGACAACAGCCCCGAGUUUGACAUCACGUCUGACACGUCUGUGGACGUCUUAGAAGACACGCCCAUGGGCCGGAAGGUGGCGGUGGUUUUGGCUCGAGACAGAGACGCUGGCCUGAAUGGACUGGUGAACUUUACCCUCGUGGCCGGUAACAUGCAGGACGUGUUCAAAAUAAAGACCGUAAACCACACGUAUGGAGAGGUCUUUGUCAACGCCCUUCUGGACCGAGAGUCAGUGGACCGCUAUCUCCUCAAGGUGAGGGCCACCGACAAUGGCUCCCCUCCCAGAUACACGGACCACUCUCUCACCAUCAACAUCCUGGACGUGAACGACAACGCUCCAGUGAUUCAGAGCCAGACAGGCUACAACGUCAGCAUCAGUGAGAAUGUCGGAGGAGGCACUUCUGUCCUGCGCGUGAUUGCCACCGAUCGGGACAUUGGGCCGAACGCCAUGUUGUUUUACUACAUCACGUCGGGAAACCAAGACCUGACGUUUCGCAUGGACCGCGUGACGGGAGAGAUGGUGACGCGUCCUGCUCCUCCAGACCGCGAGCGCCAAGAAGACUAUCACCUCACGGUCACUGUGGAGGACGACGGAAACCCACCUUUAUCGGUAGGCAACCACUAA